CCGCCAAGUCCAAAGGCAAGGGUGUGCCAAAGGAGGCGUUGAAGGGGCCGGAGGUGUGCACCGACCCCACCAUGCUCGCCACCCAUGCCAUGGGGGUCAACUACUUCAAGGAGGGUCCGGAGGUGGCCCUGAAGCCCGAGUCCGAGUACCCCGACUGGCUCUUUAAGAUCCACCUCGGGCCCCCCAAGAAGCUGGAGGAGCUGGACCCCGACUCACUCGAGUACUGGAGGCGCCUGCGGAAGUACAACACAUGGCAGCGCAACAAGUUGAAGAAGGGCAAGAAGCUGUAGGUGCUGCUGAGCUGGGGGCUUCCCUGUGUGCCAGCACAAGUGGCACUGGGAUCUGCCCUGGCUUUUGGUCUCUUUUCCUUGCUGUAAAUAAAAAAUAAAUCUCUGGUGAGGCUGUUAUGUGUUACAAA